AUGGCGUCAAGUGGCAAAAAAUUAACCGACAAAGAACUAAAGGAUAUAUUGCAAAGUGAUGAAUUCUGGGAGGACCUUGAAGAAGAAAAUGAAACAAUUAAAAAUGAUAAAGAAAUAUCAAAUAUUGGAAAAAAUGAAGCUGGUGUAUUGAGCGAUAAAACCGAGUUUGCAGAUGCGAGUGAUAAGAAAGAAGAGGAUAAUGAAUUAUUCAGCGAACCCGAUUCCACAAGUGAAGAAGAAAAUGAUGGUGAUGUUGAUGUGGAAGAAAUUGAGAGAAAUACAUGGUAUGGAAGAGACAAAACCAAGUGG